AUGCACCGGGACUGGGGCAUCGAAGAAGACAUCUAUCUCGCAACCCUGAGGCUUGGGACGGACAUCUUGUGGCAUGAGAUGGAAAAAAACGUCCAUCCAGACAAAAAAAGUGUAUCAGACGUCAUCGACGAUUCCCGCCACUACGGACCAAAACUUUCACCAAGCCCCUUUGAAGCAGAAGUCAUUGCAAAAGCAUUGAGUAUCUUGGCCGAAUACCCUAAUCGCCGCUUGUGGUAA